AACGUGUGGAAGCGCUCCCUGAAUCCGAUCGAGGACCCCUCCACGGAAAACGCGCCCGUGUACAUGGCCAUAUCCGCCACCGGGACGCUGGCGGUGCUGAAAGUGUACCAGCUGACUGAUGCGGCCGCUCGUCUGUCACGCGCUGAGGUGGAUGCUGCGCUUGAGGAGCUGAUGGGCCUCAGGGUCAACGACAGCCUGGUGCAAUACCUUUCGUAUUGUUACGUCCCACCUCACCGCGUGGUGCUUGUGAUGCAGUACGUCCCUGGUGGGACACUGCGUGAAAUGAAAUCCCGGUACGGACGCAAGCUGCCGCUGACUGCCGUGAGGCGGAACGUCGCGUCGAUGCUGCGGGGCCUGGCGCACCUGCAUGGGCGCGGUGUGAUCCACGGACGUUUGUGCCCCGAGAAUGUGAUGGUUGGUGUGGAGGGGCGGUGGCGGCUCAAGGGCAUGCUGCUGGGUGCCGCGCCGCUGAUAAUGCACCAAGAGACGUACUAUGUGAGCCCCGAGGUUGCCGCCGGCGGUGCGAAGACGGCAGCGAAUGACGUGUACGCGCUGGGGCUGCUGCUGCUCGCGAUGCUGACAGACUCACACCCCUGGCAGUGGAGUGCGAAUGCGGCGUUAGAUCGCUCACGGAAAGAGCUUGACUCGCUUCUAGCCGACAGUACGGCGUUCCGCGAGGCGCUGCGUAAUGGGCUGCUGACACCGGUGCCGACCCCUGCAGACACAGACGAAACGCUGCGGACCGUGCUGGAAGCGUGUCUCCGCACCGCCCCAGGGGAUCGCCCUACUGCGUUGCGACUUCAGGAGUUGCGUUGUGAUAGGACUUCGUAA